AUGGCCCUGACUCUGCUGCUUCGUCUGCUCUCUUUUCAAUCUCAACUGCCUUUUGUUUUUCCUGCAAGAAAUGUUUCUCUCAAGUGCAUGCAGGACGUUGAAGAAUUCCUUUCUGAUCUAAAUUCAGUGGAGCCCAAAGAAUAUGCUCUAAGAAUGUAUGACUCGGUCGGGAAGGUGGGCAGCAACGUUCUCGAUGGAAACGUGGACAGGCUGGGCUCUUACAGCGAGUGUCUCUCCACCCGCGGCCCCGCCGGGCGCUUCCGGGGCCGCUACUGCAAGCUCCACGUGGAGCAAGACGGAGCUGACUACAGCGUGGGAGUGUGUGUGCCCGACUCCUGCACUGAAGAGGACGUGACUGCCAUGUCUCAGAUGGAUACUUUAAGAUUCAGGAAGGCUUCGUUCUGGGCUCCUUCUCUCCCGCUCUUGGCAGUGAACUCUUCCUCCUCGUCUGGUGGGGGUGUGGCCAGGUGUGCCACUGGAUUGUUCCCCUUGGACACGUUUGCGGCCCUGUGUCUGGUCCUCAGCUUCCUGGGCCUCACCCUCCCCCUGGCGGGAACCGUCUACGUGGCCGCCACCGGGCGGGGGUUGGACCGCCAGGCAUCACCGGAGCCCGAGGAGCCUCUGGCCGCCUAUGGGAGCCUGCCUCUGAGGGCGCCGGCGGGGAGCGGGCCAGGAAGCGGAGUCCAGCCGAAGGGCUGUUUUCUAGGCGCCGUGGACUAUGCUCUGAAAUGCUUUUCCUGGCAGAAGAAUGUGCCAGCCCUCUGGACCAUGAAGACGCAGGGAAGCACGUGCCCUGCCUUGAACGGCCUCCGAGCGUUGAGCCUCCUCUGGAUCGUGUCUGGGCACACCAGUCAGAUGACCGCAUGGCUGUCUCUGGAUAAUGUGCUUGAGUGGAAAGCCAGGGUGCUUAGAAACCCACUGUACCUUUAUUCUCGGAGUGGCCCCUUCUAUCUUGGAGUGGACACAUUUUUCCUGAUCAGUGGCUGGUUAAGUGCAAGAUCAUUUUUAAAGAUGCGUCAGGAUUCAGACAAAGGAAUAACCCCUCGCGUCAUACUCAGAUACUUUUUCAGUCGCCUUAUAAGGCUGCAGCCUCUUCACCUGUACUCGGUGUGCCUGCUGCUUGGACCGUUCUCCCUUGUGCCCUGGGGGCCCGUCUGGGAGGUGCCCAAGCUUCACCUGGAGAACUGCCGGCGUGCCUGGUGGACCAACUUGCUGUUGCUGAAUAACUUCCUGUCGGUCCAGGACGCGUGCAACGGCUGGACGUGGUAUCUUGCCAAUGACUUUCAAUUCCAUCUCACCACCCCGGUGAUCGUCUUCAUCUACGGAAAAAGUCAGCGUGCCCUCAUCCUGCUCGGGGCCACGCUGCUCCUGGCAUCUUGCACUGCCUCUACUCUGCUCACACUGGCUCACAACCUUCCGGUGGCAGCUCCGUCAGAAGCCAGGGAAGAGGCAGCCAGACUGUAUUUCGUGGAGUACUACACGAAGCCCUACUGUCGGUACGGGCCGUUCCUCGUGGGCCUCUUACUGAGCGUUUUCAUGCACCCAGACCACCAGGCAAACGUUCUCAGAACCAAGGGGCAGGCUCUGCUGGGCUGGGGGUGCGCCCUGUCGACCCUCCUGCUAGUGGUCGCCCUGGCCUACAUGGUGGAUGACAUCUCCCCCACCUCGUCCGGCGCUGCUGCCAUCUACCAAGGCCUCCACCGGACCCUGUGGGCGGCGGCCGUGGGCUGGGUCCUGUUUGCAUGUCAGGAAGGCUACGGAGGUCUGGUGAACCGGCUGCUCUCCUGCGGCAUCUGGACGUGCCUGGCCAGCAUCAGCUACGCUUGCUACCUGGUACACCCCACCCUCAUCAUCCUCUACAACGGGCUUCAGGAGACGCUGAUUCACUACACAGACCUCAACAUGUUCUAUCUCUUCUUGGGACACUGCUUGCUGACCUUCAUCGCUGGGCUGGUCCUGACGCUGUGCAUUGAGAAGCCAUGUGAGGAUCUGAAGUGGUGCCUGCUGAAAGCAGUGCCCGCAGGGCCAAGAGCUUCCAGAGCAAUCCUGGAGAGUGGAUGACCCUUUGUGGGAGGCGACUGAGCAAAGCCAAGGGUGGCUUCGUUUACAUCACAAACGCUUGUGUUUCUUAAACAGGGUGUGAAUCAGAUUUUGUGAAUAUCUAAGGUAGACAAGUUCUCUGUGUUUAUUAUAUAAAAGUGUUCUGUGAUAA